AACGAGCAGAUCCGCGCUCCGAGAGCCCAAGAAAGGGAGAUCCGGAGUGACAAGGGAGGCUCGCCUCCGGCCCAGCCGCUCUCACCCCACCCCUCCUACCGACCCCCCACCCGCGGCCCGCAGCCCCCGCGGCAUCCACGAAACUUUGCCCGUUGUAGCGGGCGGGCACUUUGCACUGGAACUUACAAUACCCGAGCGAGGACGGAGGUUCUAGGGCGCGGGGAAGCGAUUCCGCCUAUCUUGGGAGACGCUUCUCCCCGCUGCUGCCCACGACCCGCUCCGGCUGAAAGGCGCUCCUCGCCGCCUUUUUGGACGCUGGAUUACCUUCGGAUAGUGGAAAAUCCGCAGGCUGCUGCGAUGCCCCUCAACGUCAGCUUCACCAACAGGAACUAUGACCUCGACUACGACUCGGUGCAGCCGUAUUUCUACUGCGAUGAAGAGGAGAACUUCUACCACCAGCAGCAGCAGAGCGAGCUGCAGCCGCCGGCGCCCAGCGAGGAUAUCUGGAAGAAAUUCGAGCUGCUGCCCACCCCGCCCCUGUCCCCGAGCCGCCGCUCCGGGCUCUGCUCGCCCUCCUACAAUCUUGCCUUCGCGUCCUUCUCCCCCGGGGGAGACGACGGCGGCGGCGGCGGCAGCUUUUCCACCGCCGACCAGCUGGAGAUGGUGUCCGAGCUGCUGGGGGGAGACAUGGUGAACCAGAGCUUCAUCUGCGACCCGGACGACGAGACCUUCAUCAAAAACAUCAUCAUCCAGGACUGUAUGUGGAGCGGCUUCUCGGCCGCCGCCAAGCUGGUCUCGGAGAAGCUGGCCUCCUACCAGGCUGCGCGUAAAGACAGCACGAGCCCGAGCCCCGCCCGGGGGCACGGCGGCUGCUCCACCUCCAGCCUGUACCUGCAGGACCUGAGCGCCGCGGCCUCCGAGUGCAUCGACCCCUCGGUGGUCUUCCCCUACCCGCUCAACGACAGCAGCUCGCCCAAGCCCUGCUCCUCGCCCGACUCCACCGCCUUCUCUCCGUCCUCGGACUCUCUGCUCUCCUCGGCCGAGUCCUCCCCCCGGGCCAGCCCCGAACCCCUGGCGCUCCACGAGGAGACACCCCCCACCACCAGCAGCGACUCUGAGGAGGAACAAGAGGAUGAGGAGGAAAUCGAUGUCGUUUCGGUGGAAAAGAGGCAGCCCCCUACCAAAAGGUCGGAAUCGGGGUCCCCCUCCUCCGGAGGCCCCGGCAAGCCCCCUCACAGCCCGCUGGUCCUCAAGAGAUGCCACGUCUCCACCCACCAACACAACUACGCGGCCCCGCCCUCCACCAGGAAGGACUUUCCCGCCGCCAAGAGGCCUAAGUUGGACAGCGGCAGAGUCCUGAAACAGAUCAGCAACAACCGCAAAUGCGCCAGCCCCAGGUCUUCGGACACGGAGGAGAACGACAAGAGGCGGACACACAACGUCUUAGAGCGCCAGAGGAGAAACGAGCUGAAACGGAGCUUUUUUGCCCUGCGUGACCAGAUCCCAGAGUUGGAAAACAACGAGAAGGCCCCCAAGGUAGUCAUCCUUAAAAAAGCCACAGGCUACAUUCUGUCGGUCCAAGCAGAGGAGCAGAAGCUCAUUUCAGAAAAGGACUUGCUGCGGAAACGGCGAGAACAGUUGAAACACAAACUGGAACAGCUACGGAACUCUGGUGCCUAAGUUGAGCUAUUGGAGGGGGGGAACUGGAAUUGCUCAUCAAUUCUCACUUGUUACUAAGGGAAAGUAAGGAAACAGGUUCCUUCUUAAGAGAACUGCGACAAUUCAUUACCUAUGAAAUUAUUUCAAAUGCAUGGUCAAGUGCAACCUCACAACCUUGGCUGGGUCUUGGGACUGAAAGGUUUAGCCAUAAUGUAAACUGCCUCAAAUGGGACUUUGGGCAUAAAAAUUUUUUUUAUGCUUGCUGUCUUUUUUUUUUUUUUUUUUUCUUUAACAGGUUUGUAUUUAAGAAUUGUUUUUAAAAAAAAAUCCUAAAAGUUUACCCAAUUUUCCUGUGUAAAUAUGGCCAUUAAAUGUAAAUAAAUUUAAUAAAACGUUUAUAGCAGUUAUAUGAGAUUUCAAACCAUGUAUUAUAAACCGUAAUUCUUUUUAUUUAAGUACGUUUUCCUUUUUAAAGUUGAUUUUUUUUCUAUUGUUUUUAGAAAAACUAAAUACCUGGCAAAUAUAUAAUUGAGCCAAAUCUUAAGUUGUGAGUGUUUUCUGUUUUUGUUUUGUUUUGUUUACAAUUUUCUUUUCAUGAAUUACAAAUUAACAGAAUUUGGACCCUUAAGGGGGUGGGCUUACAAAGAUGGCAAAAGAAGUUAUUUUAAGAAAAACUCUUUGUUCAAAAGAGUCUGAGGGCCUUAAGGUCUUUAAGUUCUCAGGGUUAUAAGAUGCUUCCUGGAGAUUUGAGAUAAGGGCCAGAGUUGAUACUUAAAAGAAUGAAAGGGCAGGCAGGAGACUGGUGAGAAGGUUAGAGGUAGGGAAGGCAGAUAGAAUAGGUUGAAGAUAAUGUUUGUAAAGUAUACAAAGGGAGAUAAAGCCUAGGGGGUGGAGAGGAAGAUGGAGCUGGAAGCCCCUUCAGUUUAGUUAACCCAUGGCAGUCCCCUGCUCCUUUCAAACCCAAGGAAUUCUGUCCAGCAAAAGAGUUGCUGGGGAAGGGGAGAAAUUUUUACAUUUUGUUGCUUACUUGCUACUACUAGGUGCCAGACCUCCUAGCAGCUCUGGAAGGGAUGUUACUAUUAACCCUGAAGCUCAGAGGGGUUAAAGGUCCUAUGUUUGUUGGAAAACACUUAACACUUGUUCAUCGGGUGUCUGACUUGGUGAGAUCAAGAAUACUUUUGGUCCUUGGGCCUGAUAAACUUGACUAGUAAUAACAGCAAAUCCUAUGUACCAGGCACUGUUCUAACCAUUUUAUUAAGCCGGGCAAUGCUAUGAAAGAGGUACUGCUGAUUUCCCCAUAUUACACGUUGGGAUACCAAGACACUAAUCCAGUUGCCCAAAGUUAACAGAUAGCAAAGAGUAGAACCAGGGUUCUAACCUGAAGAGUCAGAGCCCUGAGCCCAUGCUACAAGACUGCCCUCAGACAGGUCAGUAGCAAUAAGUGGAACGCUCGUGAAAGCAGAAUUCACUAAUCCAGUGGAUUUUGUACCUUAACUUUGAACAUUUAGUCCUGGUCAGGCAUCAGUCCCACUGUUUUCUGUCUGUUUGGUUUUGUUCCUUACUUUGUUGUUCAUGGCUUAUUUUUACCUUUCACCUCGAGAAGCCCACAGCUCAUUCAUUCCUGCCUUAGCUGUUUGUUAAAUGAGAUUCACCAGUUGUUCCUGGGAAGGAGCCAAUUUGGAAAUGCUACUGUUCACAUCAUAAAAUAAAACAUACCUACUCUUUGC